GUUACAGUUUCUGGCCUGUUUCCAUAUCUGCUGUACAGCCAUUCUAGGUGGCCAGGGCUAGGUUUGGUUCAAUGGUAGGGUUGAGAGGGAACUGACAGUAUCUCUGCGUGAACAUAGAUGAACCAUAUCUCUUUGGAAAGACUAGCUGCGACACCAUCCUACUAACGAAUGGGACCCUUGUGCCAGUGUUCUGAGACCGUAAUUUGUUUCGCAAGGCAUUCGAAUUCGUGCGGUUUUAUCUCAAUGACAAGUAAGCCUAAGUGACGGUUCCUGGUGAGAAAGGAAUCCCGCAAUACCAAACGUUGCAGGGUACUUCUCAUGCUGAUAGUCAUCGGGUAACAUCGGCCUGAGACUGACUGUCACAGUUUGUCAGCAAUGUCUCUUUUAUCCGUGAUGGCUACUGCUGUGAAGUUUGUUUUCUUUACUUUCUUCAUUUCUACUGGAGGGGCUAUAGACAGAAGUAGUUCCGAUCUACAGCAGAGGCUACAGGAUCUCGACACUUUCAUCCAGAACCUGAUGACAUGUGAGUCCAGGCCUGUAGUCGGACUGACCGUGUCCGUGGUCAAGGACGGCCAGACCAUUUUCGCCAAGGGGUACGGACAAAGGGACCUGCAGACGGGACAAGCUGUGGACAACAGGACUCUCUUCGGAGUCGGCUCCAUCUCCAAGUCCUUCACCUCAGCCCUGUUAGCGGCCAUUCUCGGGGAGAGGAAAGACGUGAGCUGGGACACCGUCCUGACGGAUAUCCUGGGGCCGUCCUUCAGGUUCAGGGACCAGUUCCGUACCGAAGAAGCGACCCUGAGAGAUCUUCUGGCCCACAAGAUGGGUCUGGAAAGUCUUGGUCUUGCUGUUGACGUCGGACAAGACAUCGAUAGAGCAGAGCUGGCCAGACGGAUACGGUACUACAGACAGGUCUACCCAAUCCGUACCCGCUGGCACUACAACAACGUCAUGUACACACUUGCCGGGCACGUGGCUGAGAAGCUUACUGGAAAACCCUACGAGACCCUCCUGAGAGAACGCAUCCUACAACCUCUGGGUAUGGGCGACACGGUGUAUCUGGCUGAUGUACAAGAGGAGGAUGGCUUCGUCAAUUUUGCCCAGACAUACAGCUCAGACAAUGAAACAAGUCCAUUUGUUCCGUACAGCCCAGAAAAUCGCAGACCUGUGAGGUUACAUUUGCCGGCAGGGGGCGUGGUGUCCAACGCCUUGGACAUGGCCCGGUACAUGAAGUUCCACCUCAGCGGGGGGAGGGACACGGCCGGCCGCCAGGUGGUCCCGGAGGACACCUUACGGCAGACCCACACGGUAGACUUCACCAUGCCCCUGUACAGCGAGAGGGUCGGACCAGACUGGCCGGUGGGAGUGGACAUGCUGCACGGGUACGGGCUGGGGUGGAUGAGUGGAUACUACAGAGGCCAUAGAAGGGUUUACCACAGCGGACUGGUGACGGGGUUUACCUCCCUGUUAUCGCUGUUCCCGGCCGCUAGAGGGGGUGUCUUCACGUCUGUGAACGGUGUGAGGGGACGGAGCAAAGACGUACACAACGUCAUACAUCACCAGAUUGCUGACAUACUGAUAGGUAAGGAUCACUGGCUGAACGCCACCACUGCCUGCUCGUACCCCCAGCCUUGGUGGACUAGACCGAAGGCCAACGAUUCCGUCAACAUCCCCGAGACUUCAGAUGAAUUCUCGCGAGACAAACGAGACUACGAGGGUCACUAUGGCAACCGUGCAGUAGGUACAUUGACAAUCAGCCUGAACGCCACAGAUGAGGAACUUUACUUCAAACUCGGUUUGAUCGGACAUGGUGUUGUUAUACCUACAAAACGUGUCAACGUCUUAAACGCCUUCUUUAGAGGACCGCUAGAUGGUUCUACAAUUCUUGUCGAUGUUCAAGUGCAUGGAGAAGACGUCGUUUCUUUAUCCUUCAGAAGUAAGCCCCCUGAACCCGACUUAUUGUUCGAGAGAAAUCUAAAAGUAAGAGAUACGGAAGAUACUGACCAAGAGUGGGGUGGAUGUAGCAGUACUUCUGGUGCUAUGCAAAUCGUAAUGUCUCGUCUGGGGUUAUCUUUUGUGUUCAUUCUGACAUUUGUAAUAUUAGUUUAGCAAUCACUUCCUCGUACCCUGCCAAAAGGCUUUUUCUUAUUUCUUAUUAUACACAGAAUCAUUAAUCUGAUGAAAAAACUUUCUGUUUCUACCGUUAAGAAAAACAAAACACUUCGUCAGCGAGUUAAGAAUUUUUCUUCAUCACUUUUGUCGUUCAGCAUAUUUCUUGAAGUAAGAUUCUGCUGGAAUGAUUAGAAAAU